AAGAAGAAGGUUUUAGGACAACUUUGAUGAAAGGUUUUGAUCCACUUCAAAUGUUGACUACUGUAUAUUCAUAUCACUGAACUAUACAUGUACACCAUUUACCAGAAUACAUCUUUAAAAGUUGCAACAUCAAUGCUCGACAUUCAAAACACUGGUGAUCAGGGCCACUGCUGGCCAAAUGGGUGCUCUAAGCAGCAUAAAAUACAAACUAAAAUGAUACAUAUUAAAUAGGAACUAAAGAUUAUUUUUGGUAAUCGAGUAAGCGGUUGAUUAUUUUUAUGAUUAAUCGAGUAACAGCCUUUAAAAUGACUUAAAAUACAGGUCUAUAACAAUGAGUCAAUAAUGCUUGGUUCAAAGUAAGUAUCAAAAGCAAGUAAUUAUAUGGUUUUAUUAUUGAACAACACUGUUAAAAUACAUAAUGUAAUACACAAUAUAAACGAUCAACUUAUGUACAUUAUAACAAAUGCCUGCAGAGAUCGCCAAUGGCCUGGUGACUGUUAUUGUUACACUUUACAGCAUGAUCAAAGACUUAUUUAAUAUUGGCUAAACAACAUUUAAUUAAAAUGUCCACUUAAUCUUUAAUAUUUGGCCAAUUCUUUGUGAUAGAAAUCAGAAAUGCUAUAGCCACUGUAAUUUCUUGAACAAAAACAUCAUCAAAACAUGCAAACUCAGAGCAAGGGUUUGAACUUACUGAUGAUUAUCCUGUGUUAGCAUACAGGUUUAUAAAUGAUAGCACUAUGCUAUGCUAUAUUAUGAUUUUUAAAUUAUUUUAAAUAUCGUGCAGCCUUAGAAAACGGUCUAAAAAUUGAGUUUAUGGAUUUUCGCCCGUGGAAUGCACCACUUUAUUUUAUUUUUUUAUUCGAGCUCUCGAAUUUAAUCGAGAAACCAUGACAGACAGCCCUACAAAUAUGCAAUUCAUAGCACAAGAUAACUGAAAUAACAUGACAUAAAUUGCAUCAGUAUCAAAUCAGGCAAAUGCGUUGGUGGUGGUCAAAUUAAAGCCAAAAAUAUAAAGUUUCAUGUGUUUGUGACUAUACCUGAAAGUGAUGCGCGGGAUUCAUCAUGGGCUUUUUUUCUUUUUCGCUUCUCAGCACCAGACUGCUGUGGCCUGUUACAUGAAGCUACUACAAGCUAGUUGAACAAACUCUGAGUUUCAGAGUAGGUUUGGAGUUGACAAAUCCAGAUAAAUCCAACCUGGUUCAGAUCAGGGUCAACUGUUGCACAACGCUCGGUAUAAACUUUCUCUGUCAGCCAAUCACACGGAACAAAGAGAACGUCAGUUUGAUUCACUUCUCGCGAGAGAGCCACGCAAUUCAUGUCUCUUCCGAAGAUUAAGAGAUCGUUAUGAAAAAUAUGAAAUUAAACGCAUUUACAAAGCAGGAAUAAACACUGAUGCAGUGAAAGUUUGAGAAGGCAGCUGAAAGAAAAUAUCUGACUAUAUCAAUGCAUGUGAAUCAAACAAAUAGACCAAAUAAUUAAUAUAGUUUCACAAAGAGCUCAAAAGAAUAAAUGUAAGCUUAAUCUGUUUAAAAGCUUUAUAUAUUAUGCAUGUAUUAUAUUUAUUUUAAUUUAAAAGCAAAGUUUAAUAUUGUUAAUUAAUAUAAUAGGCCUAAUUAUAUGAAUAUGUCAUGAAUUAUUCAUAAUUUUAAUUUAUUUAAUAUAAAUAUAAUGAAUAAUUAACAGCAAAUGCUGAGCAAUUUUGUCUCUAAAAUGUUUUCACUAUAAACUGAUUUAAUUUGAAGCGAGAGAUACAGGGGGAGUGGCUUUAUUGCAUCAGAUACGUGUCACUUUACUCACAGCUGAUUGGUCGAGUUUGUGUUUGUGAUCUCUAACUCAGAAUAAAACCUGCUCCGGAGCAGGUUAGCAUGAAGCGUAAAUUACCAUAGCAGUGAACCCCGCUAAAAACCAAUCCACCUUCAUAAGCCCAAAAAAAAACAGACUUUGCUCAAACUAAUCUUGAACUUACCUGGGUAGCAACUAAAACCGGCUUUGUGCAACAGGCCACUGUUGUCUUUUCCCGGGCAUUGUCGAUCACUUAUGAUCAUUUGCAGCUACACCCCCCCCGCCCCCCAAUUAUAUUUAUGUUAAUGUUAAUAUUAAUAUAGAAUUAUUAUUAUUAUUUUGAGCAACAUAGAUGGUGUGUCAGUGCUGGUCCUCGCUUCUAGAUGGCGCUGUCGGACAACAUGAUUCAUUUAUAAACAUUUGCACGUGCUGUGAGUCUCUCAACUCAACCCUAGUUUUACUUCACAAAACUUUAAAAAUAAGCGGAGAUUUUGAAAUAAAAUGUACUUUGACGGUAAUGUAAACACAUUUUACAAAAAAUAGGAGCAGCAAAAAUCUCGAAUGAACACAGAACACACGAACGCAAAAUGAACAGCCUGUGGAUGGGUAACCUGGAGCCAUACAUGGAUGAAGAGUUCAUACACAGAGCUUUUGCUCAUAUGGGAGAAACAGUGAUGAGAGUCAGACUGAUCCGAGACAAAAUAACAGGAGAAACGGCAGGAUAUGGCUUUGUGGAGCUGAUAGAUGAGACAUCAGUAGAGAGAUGCCUCCGCAAAGUGAAUGGAAAACCUUUACCUGGUGCCACUCCUCCAAAGAGGUUCAAGUUGAGUCGUACCACUUACGGGAAACAUGGCGAAAGCCGCUCUACGUUCUCCCUCUUUGUGUCGGAUCUCACCCCGGACGUGGAUGAUGGCAUGUUAUAUGAGUUCUUUAAUUUUCAUUUUUCAUCUUGCUGCAGUGGAAAGAUAGUUCUGGACAGCAGUGGAUACUCAAAGUGCUGUGGCUUUGUGAGCUUUGAGAGCGAGAGAGAGCAGAGACAGGCUCUGGCAGAACUCCAGGGUGCUUCUGGACUCGGGAAGAAACCUUUACGCCUCAGUCUGGCUGCAAAUAAACUGAAGAAGAAAGAGUCGCCUGAAAACAAAAAUUGGCAAUUUCAUGCAGACAACUACAACAUCAAUAACUCAUAUCUGAACCAGUACUAUUACCCACAAUACUCCAGCAAUUCAUCUACAUAUGUCUGGAACUAUGAUUACAACUACUUAAAUCAUUCCCAAAACAUCGUACAGGGUGAAGAGAUGGAAGAUGAUGACCUAGAGUAUCCAGACUCUGAAAUAAAUGUGAUGGAGGCAAAUGAGAGAUUUAUGGACCAGAGUGAGGAACUUUACAGUGCUCUGAUGGAUUGUUUCUUCCAGCCUCCUGAAUCAUGGGACGGGGUCACCUGUAGUGUUACAUGUUACCUACCAGAACCAAUUUAUCAACAUGAGGAUAUGGACUGAGUAUAUGUACUCUUGUUUGUUCACAUUUACUAUUUGGUUGUAUUACAAAGAACCCAUUAUUAGGGUAACCGAUGAUGUAGAUGAAAUAAUUAAAUAAUUAAUACCAUUAGUUGAUUUUUUUUUUUUUUUUAAGAAUGCAGCUUAUGCAAUACUGUAUGUGAUUUAUCAUGUCACUGUAGAAGUGUAUAAUUGAAAUUAAUUCAUGUUUGUUUGUUUUGCCAUGUUCUUUUGGUGGGAAGUGUACAAUAAACAAUGAGAUUAGUAAAAUAAAUAACUGAAAUAAG